GCUAAAGAGCUUAAUAACUGCACAAGUUAUCAAUAUUGUGUCAAUGAACUCGGAAGUUAUAAUUGUUCGUGCAUGGAAGGGUACCAUUCGUAUGGGAAGGCAUGUGUCCCUGAUCAAUUUGCUUCUAAUGAAUCAUCACUAUCAAUUAAACUCACAGUUGGUAUCGGUGUUGGCCUUUUAGUCUUGCUUGUGGGAGGUUCUUGGAUAUAUUGGGGAUUGAAAAAAAGAAAGCUUAUCCAGCUAAAAGAAAAAUUCUUCCAACAAAAUGGUGGCAUACUAUUGCAACAGAAACUAUCUAAUUAUCAAGGUUCUGUGGAGACGGCCAAAAUUUAUAGUGCAGAAGAGCUUGAAAAGGCCACCAACAACUAUAAUGAGAGCAGAGUCCUAGGACAAGGAGGUUAUGGUACAGUUUAUAGAGGAAUAUUACCAGAUAACAAAGAGAUUGCUAUUAAGAAGUCCAAAAUUGGUAGUCAGCAUCAGGUUGAACAAUUCAUAAAUGAGAUCACUGUGCUUACUCAAAUUAUCCAUCGGAAUGUUGUUAAGCUAUUAGGUUGUUGUUUGGAAACAGAAGUACCCUUACUAGUUUAUGAAUUCAUCACAAACGGGACUCUUUCUGACCACAUUCACGAUAAAGGUCGGUCAUUCUUCCUUUCAUGGGAAAAGCGUUUGAAAAUUGCAGCAGAAACUGCAAGAGCACUUGCAUACUUGCAUUCUGCAACUUCUGUGCCGAUCAUACAUAGAGAUGUUAAAACUGCAAAUAUAUUAUUAGAUGAUAACUUCACAUCAAAAGUGUCUGACUUUGGAGCUUCCAGGUUAAUUCCUCAUGAUCAAACAGAAUUAAACACAUUGGUGCAAGGAACUUUCGGGUACAUGGACCCAGAAUACUUCCAUACUAGUCAACUAACAGAAAAAAGUGAUGUUUAUAGCUUUGGUGUUGUUUUGGCAGAGCUUUUGACUGGUAGGAUGGCACUUUCUUUCAAUGUGCCUGAAAGUGAGAGAAAUCUAGCGAAGUACUUUGUUUCUGCAGUAAAUGAUGAUCGCCUAUUUCAAAUUCUUGAGGAUCACAUUGUCAAUGAAGGUAAUAUUAAGCUACUGAAGGAAGUUGCUAAUAUUGCAAAAAGUUGCUUAAGUCUGAGAGGCGAGGAUAGACCUUCUAUGAAGGAAGUGGCAAUGGAACUGGAGGGCUUGGUUAUCAUGGAAAAACAUCCUUGGGGAAAUGCUAAUGUCAAUAUAGAAGAGAUUGAGAACUUGCUCAAUGCACCUACACAAUCAUUCAACAUUGAUGUUGGCACAAGUUGUUCCAGCAAUACAACUACAGGGUAUGAUAGCAUGAUAAACCAAGUAUUGAAACCAUUGGAUGGCGGGAGAUAAUUGGUUAGUCCACCAUAGUAUACUUGAAUCAAUUGAGACUAAAUUAUUGAUAUAUCUAUUAUUUAGCUACAAUCAUUUUAGACUAAAUGAUAGAAUUGGAGGUGCAAUUGAACUUAUGUAUGACAUUAUAUUUGAAUAUGUAGAUUGGCUCGUUUUGUGUAUGA